AUGAGUCUAAACAUUUGCAGCAGAGAAGCCAUAAAAAUCAUGGAGGAAAUACAAAUCAAAGAGGGUCACAUAAUAAAUAUUAACAGUGUUGGAGGUCAUUACCAAUUUCCAUUUAUGAAGGAUAUUGCAAUUUACAGCGCUACCAAACAUACCGUUACUAUAAUCACAGAGAGUUUAAGAGAAUUGAUGGGCAUGAAAAAUUUACCCGUCAGAGUCACGAGCAUCAGUCCGGGUGGAGUAGAAACCGAAAUGACUCAGGAGCUCAGCAAAUUGGAAGGAUUUAAAAUGUUGAAAUCUAUUGACAUUGCUGAAGCUAUUAUGUAUGCUUUGAGUACUCCGCAACGCGUUAACGUAGCUGAAAUCAUCAUAAGACCAACACAUGAGAAUACAUUAAGUUUAAUCAAGAAUUUUAUAUAG